ACGGCUCUCACCAACACAACAACAGAGGCUCGGGGCUGCGUCCAGUUUCUCCCUCGCAUGAGUUCCAGCUGAAAAAUACACGCCUGGAAUGCAGAACUAGCGUUACUACCCGGGAACUGUGAACACCAGAUGUAUUAUUUAGUAAGAAUAACAGCGGCCAGUGAAAGACGUCCUCCGUUUGGGAGCUAGGCUAACGAGCUGUAGCUUUAGCUUAGCUUUAGCGAUGUGGCGCCGGCUGUAGCUGUUAGUAACGUCACACACUUUCAGGAAAAAUGUUCUAAAAAGUCGAGGUAAACGCUGAGCAGCCGUACAUUUAACGGCCGUGGACCUAAAUGCGAGGUAAAAGGACAUCACACCGCGCUGAAAAUGCAGAGUUCAGAUGAAAGAGUCGUCCUGGCAAAAACGGCCGAUUUUCUCCAAAAGGCUGAACAUCUGAGAAAACUGGCUGACAAGCAUGCAAAAGAAAGAAAGUGGAAUAACUGCAGCAGAAAGAAUGACCUUAAAGAUUGUUUCUGCAGUUUGGAAGAGCUGGAAAACAAAUUCAACAGUGAGCUCAAGAUUGAAGUGAUAAGAGUGCGGCAGCAACUCCAAAAAAUCAGAAAUAGUGUCUACAGAUUCCAGGGGCAGUUGAUUGAUGUGAAGCCGUCUCCUGAUCUGAUAGAAAAAUUAAAAGAUAUCAUGAGUGAGAUUGAAAGCUCUAUCAACACCUUUAAAGAAGAACAGCACCAAAGCUUUGAGGAGCUCUUAAAAGAGGAAAGGACUUGCUGGCAGGAGAUAUGGGCUUUUGAGAAGAAGAUUGAUGCUUGGUCAUUAACCGUGAAGAAGGGCGCCGAGUUCUACAUAACUCCCAAAGUCAGGCUGUGCAUGGACAAAAAAGGGAAGGAGGUGCUUCCUGCAGAGGUGAUGGCCCUAGAAGCAUUCCUGCAGCAGACUGGAGGGAAGCUGGGAGGUUGGGACCAGUAUGACCACCAGAGCUUCCUGAAAGUGUGGACCAAGCACCAUGGAAAACCCUCAUACAGGACAGAGGCUAAGUUUUACUUACCAAGCAAGACUGAGGAGGACAUAAGGCUGCAUGAGGAUUGGUAUCUAGAGCUCUGCCGUCUCCAGGAAAGGAAGAAAGAGGCCAUUCAGAAAUGGAGAGCUGAAAGACUGAGAGAAAAAGAAGCCCGUUUGCAGGAUCAGGAGAGUGAGGCAGAAAGGAGAGAGCAUGAAGCGGCAGCUGCAGAGGCCCAGCGCCUCAAACAAGAGGAGGAGCGCAGAGAAGCGGCCGCCCGCCUGGAGACCUGGAGGAGCCAGCGCAAGCAGCAGCAGGAGCAAGAAGAGGAGCAGAGGCUUAGAGAAGAGAUCCUUCAAAGGAAACAACUGAAGGAGGAAAGGCGGAGGCAGCUGGAAGUCAAGUUGGCUAUAGAGGCUCACAUCAGGCAAAAGAAGGAAGAAGAGGAGCUGCGGCUUUUGGAGCAGGAAGCACAGGAGCGAGCCGAGAUGGAGGAGAGACAGAGACUGGCUGCUGAAGGCAUCAGACGUUUUCAAGAGAGAGAUCUACACAAGUUAGAGACAAAAUUGCAGGAGAAACAGGCCAAAGAGGAGGAAGAGCUGGAACGGGUGAAGAAGCAGGCUAAACUGAAGGAGAAGGUUGAAAGCCACAUCACUCGAGACCCUUCAAGACUCUGCAAACCAACCAAAGGAUGGAAAGAGCACACCAAAGAGAUUGGGCCGACAGGAGGCGGUCCUGUAUAUCAGAUGUUCCAUAGGGCAGUACCAGCGUGGAGACAGGGCCUGUAAACUCAGCUUCACAGAAGAUCCAGAAAUGCACAAGCAUUCCAUUGUAAUGUACCUUAUUGGCAUAUGUGUAAAUCAUGUAAAAAUGCUAUUCUUAUUUGCUGUAAAGAUCAUUUAUUUACAUAAUGUUUGUAAAUUUUACUUUUUUUUGGUAAUUAACACUAAUUAACCCACUGCUUGCCUUGGACUAACAGCUACCCGUCUUUUUUCAAUUUUCAUCCCUAGGAAAGUUGCUUUUGCAGUUAACAUGACAAAAUAAAGGUUUUUAAAGAUAA